AUGCCGAAGUGCGAGAAGCCAUCUUCUGGUCCUUGCCAGCCAUGUAGCAGGCUAGGCAAGCAAUGCCAAAUAGGAGGCUCGACCUCCCGGCCAUACUAUCAUACUUCAAAAGAACGAUACGACCUCCUGGUGUCUGUGGUUCGUCAUUUUGUUCCUUCGGCUUCAUUCAGUACCGACAACCUACGCCAGCUUGUAGGCACCCUACCAGCUGCUGCAGAUGCCUCACAGCCGCCUGCCGCCAUGGGAGCCUCGAGUGGUGGACCAGGCCCAUCGCCGUCCGAGACACUGGUCCAACUGGAUACUCCUCCAUCCUCAUCUACAGGUCCUGUCAGCCAGGAAUGUACAAUUGAAGAUUUAGAGGGUACACUGAUGGUGGAUGCUAUGAAUAUUCUCUUUUGUCUUGCAGGAUUCAAUGGACCAUCCAGCUGCACUACUCUCAACGCCAAGAUGGUUUCGCAUUUUGCUAAAGAUACCGGCGGUCUGUCACCAUUUGAGGAGAGUGAGCCACCAUCAUUAUUUGAUGGACAAGUGACUUCUUAUCAAAAUCCAGACUAUCUUCCCGAUCGGAAGGCUCUUGAUCAAGCAGCCGUGAAGUUCUUCGCAGAGAUCAACAGCGUCAUCUAUAUCAUUGAUCAAGAUAGAUUCCACCUUUGGCUUGAUGACGUGUAUGGUGGGAAGGGGGUAUGUGCAUCCGUCCUGGUCAUCUUAUAUCUGGUAAUGGCCCUUUGCGGCCAUAAAGAUCCCAGUUUUGACAUCGCUCGCUCCUACAUGGAUAAUGUGAUAGAGGAAUCGAGCUUAGAGAGUGUACGAGCAAUAAUGUUGAUGAGCUUGUACCGCCAGAGAGAGGAUGAUCGCAGUGUCUCUUGGGCCAUUCUGGGUGUAGCAAUUCGCAUUUCACAGUCACUUGGAAUUCACCAACGUAUAGGCUAUGCGCAGGACACUUCUAUAUAUGGAUCAGAAGUCAAGCGACGCCUCUGGUGGUCCCUCUGCGAAUUUGAUAACUGGAGUUCCUGCAUGCUAGGCCGCCCACCUAGUUUUUGUAGUACAGAUCAUGAUAUCCUUCUUCCUUCGCAGGAAUUCAACAGUACACCCUACACCCCACCUGGGUACGCCACCAGCUCAGCAUCUCUCGGUAUCAUGAUUGGCCAGAUAUCUCAGCAGCUAUAUCUCCAAAGCGGCGAUUUGAGAAGCAAAGAGCAGUUGACUGGCGAUCUUAUACAGAAAGUUGAAGGCUGGAAAACUAAACUUCCCGAUCACCUUCGUCCAAAUUCGGCAUUCCCCUCCUGUUUUGCACGCGCCACGUUAUAUUUAAGCCUUAAAUAUAAUUACGCCCGUAUGCUUAUCGGGCGACCUUACAUGACCCAUCUGAUAUUCUGCCGCAAUACUCAUGACGCUGUUUUCAAAUCCCGAGCAGAGGCCUGUAAACUUGCAAAUGACGACAUGAUUGAAAUUCUAACAGAAUUUUAUCGACAAGGCCUUUUGUCGGCAUCUUUUUGGUUCGAUACUUAUUUUAUCUUGGCAACAGCAAUAGUCCUAUUUCUGCGCGCCGUCGAAACAUCGAGUAUGCAGAAAGAGUUACGAUCAUUUCUGCCUAUUUUGAAACUUUGUGACUAUAGCAAGGUUGGGAGAUACGCUGCUGAAUGUUUCGAAAGGUUUCUCCAUAAUUUGGAGAAUGGCAUGAUGGAAAUACAUCAUAUGAGUGCCGCAGACUCUUUUCCUCAGUCAUCCAGGCUCGCAAAUUCGAGCGGUCUAUGUAAUGAAAUAAACUUCAAUGAUCUGGGAGACUUUAACACCAUUGCCUCUGAGUGCUUUGGCCUUGGAGGUGGUUUUGACCUGGACCUAUGUGGAGUUGAGUUGUCAUAG